CGCGCGGAGGGGGGAUGUUACUAGUGAGUUUCAUGGGUGUCUUUCUGCCUUGUUCUUGUUUGCCUGUCAGAAAAAUAAGCUGGGGAGGCGGGGGGAGGUCUGAGAGAGAAAGAGACUCUUGAAGCACGAUCAGAGCUGGUUGGACAGACGAUCUCAGCCCUUCGCGAGCAGAGCUAAGCCUACCCGACGGCACCGCCCUCAGCUCGGCAUCUAUUUCCUAUGUGCGACUCGCUCUGCUCUCCAGAGAGAGGGGAACUAGCCAAGAUCACAAACCUGCUUGGGGAGGCUCCGUUUGCUGCACAGCGACCGCCCUCUCUCAACUUUGCCUUGUCCUCCCCCCCCUUUCCACGUCCUUAGGAGGGGGUGGGGUGGGCAGGGGAGACCCCGCAUCCUCCCGAUCAGGCCGAGAAGGACGGGUUAAGCUCGGUCUCAGGAACCUUUCUGGUGCGGCUGAUAACCUGGAAGUGGUUGGCGAGAGAGGGCCAGAGGCCGUGUGGCAUUGGAGAGCAUUUUUUCCCCCUCCAGGCUGUGUUUUUUUUUUUUAAUAAUGCGGGUCGGAACAUAAAUAAAUCCAAGGACAUGCAAACCAGAAGCCUGCCGCCCCUGUAAUUUCCAUUGCAAAGGGGGGAAAUAAAGGAGAUGCUUUGAUUGCAUGGAGUUCAACAAGCAAGUGGGAGAUUCAGCGAAGGAAGCUUGUAAUAUGGCGGAUGCUGAAGAAGGCUUUGGGCUCGCUCAUACGCCAGCUGAUGCAGAGUCUAAAGAGCUCCAAGCGGAAACCAAACAAGAUAGCCAGCUAGGGGCCAGCAGCAAAUCGCCUUCCUCGCCGCAGGCAGCCUUUACCCAGCAGGGUAUGGAGGGGAUAAAAGUAUUUUUACACGAACGAGAACUGUGGCUAAAAUUUCACGAAGUGGGGACAGAAAUGAUUAUAACAAAAGCUGGGAGGCGUAUGUUCCCCAGUUACAAAGUGAAGGUCACUGGACUCAAUCCAAAAACUAAGUACAUACUGCUCAUGGAUAUUGUACCAGCUGAUGACCACAGAUACAAAUUCGCAGAUAAUAAAUGGUCAGUGACAGGGAAGGCAGAGCCUGCCAUGCCAGGCAGGCUGUACGUCCACCCAGACUCACCCGCUACUGGGGCACACUGGAUGAGGCAGCUAGUUUCUUUUCAAAAACUCAAGCUCACCAACAACCACCUUGACCCAUUUGGACAUAUCAUACUGAACUCCAUGCACAAAUACCAACCCCGGCUCCAUAUCGUGAAAGCGGACGAGAACAACGGAUUCGGCUCCAAAAACACAGCCUUCUGCACCCAUGUCUUUCCGGAGACGGCUUUCAUCGCAGUGACUUCCUACCAGAACCACAAGGUAACUGGGAUGGGUGAGCCAUGGCACGUGCAAGAGUGAGGUCUGGGGCAGGAGGGGGAGGGGGGAAAGCUUUGUUUGCACUUAAAAGUUUAAAGCGCAGCAGCCUUAGCCAAUUUGCCACUAACAGGCACAGUAUUUCCCUCUGCCCCGCUCCCACAACCACACAAAUCCACUUUCGCCGCAGAAUCACACACAGACCCCUUCUUUCUUUCCACACCAGAAACUAAGCCUGUUUGCACAGGCGUGUUUUUCCUGGCAUUUCAGAAAUACUGUGUAAAGAUGGAAUUUCACGCAAGCCAAGUGGGGCUGGGAGAAAGAGUUAGUUGAACUGGAUGGUUUACUCAGAGGUGAAGCGAACAACCCAGGACGGUUGUUUUAUCUCCCCUCCACGCCCCCUGUAAUCCGAUGUAGGAGCAGAGCGCCCCAGCGGUAUCUCUUUCAGUUGUCUCUUUUAUAAGCCAGGCUGGCUGCAUUGGGUCCUUCUAUGUUAAGACUGGUUCCUUGCUGGCAAUCUCUUCAAGCAAGCAAGGUACUUGCAGCUCAAUAGCUCGUUUCAGGGCUUUCGGGGUAUAACCAGUCGCUAUCAGGGAAGCAAUGGCGAGGCGUUGGCCACGGAAUGCCUCGUUUUGCGUUUCUGCACGAGAAACCGCAGUGAGAGAGAUGUGAGAGUGAAUUACGCAUAAUGCACGUAUAUCGGCGCACAGGCGCGGAGACGUGCGCGCACACUCCUGUAUAACGACACAUUGACGUCCACACGCACCUAUUGGUGCUUUUGAAACCCCAUGGAACUGUGAGCUAAGGGCUAUAUUCCUCCUGUUGGCUCGCGUGUAGCUUUGGGGCGUGGGAUUACUCCCUGACCUCUUGGGCUGAGGCAGACCCAGCAGUGCUUUUUACCUUUAAAUCCUGGAGAAUUUAUUCCUGACACAAGAAAGUUUCCCAAGGACUGCAGUGGCAAGUCGUAGGUAUUCCCUGCUGGUGAAGUGGUCCUAGCAAUAUGAUG